AUGCAGAUCGGCUGUAGAGGCGCCUCUGCGGGUGCGCGCCAGGCCCUCAGAAUCCACAGGCAGAAGCAAAAGCCAGGGGCCAUAAACGAGUACAGGGAAAAGCUGCAGGCCCUGUCGAAGCAUGAAAAGGUCGUGCGGAUUGACCUGAAUGGAAAGGAGAAAAAAACGUGCAAGUACUUUUUCGACAAGGACAAAUAUGUGUAUGUGAAAAGUAGGGCGCAGAUUGAGCGGUUCGACAGGGGGGCAGGGCGGCCCAUCGGCGAGGCGUCAGCCAAGCCCGUGGCCACAUCGCUGCAAAGCAGCCCUAACACCGCUCAUGCUGCUACGGUCUCUACCACCGCCGCCAUCCCCACCGCGAUGGAGCGAAAGGUGCGCAAGGAUGAGAAGGCCCUGCGAGACACGUACGACCUGUCGCAAGAGGAAAUGCUCUACAUGAAGUUUGUCCAAAAAAUAAAAAUGAAAAAUAUGUACUCCCUACUGAACAACAUAAGAAAAAAUAAAUACAUAAGUAAGAAGCAGAGAGACGUUAUCCUCAGCUGCAUCUACAAGUACCUAAGUCACAACUGCUAUCUCAUGUCGAAAAAGGAAUUCUUUUUCUUCCUUUACAUUUUCCCUCAACAAUUAAAAUAUGCCUCCAAAACAGUACACUACUUGAAGAGUCUCCUGGACAAGGAUCAAAUGACUCUCACCCAGUGUCUCAGAUUGGUUAGCGAAAUAAACCUUUACCAUGUAAACUACCACCUUAGAGGUCACUACGUCCGCUUCCUAAUUAGAAAUGCACACAAGAUUACCUUACCACAGAUAAUGAACCUGUUGUCGAAAGGGUCUUACCUCUUUGCCAUCACUCCUGAUUUCAAAUCGGAGGAACAACUGCUAGAUGAUGUUCUUAAAAAGAAACUAAUUAACAUUGUAAAGGACACACAAAAGGUUCCCCUUGAUGGGGACAUAAAAUGGGAUUACUUAAACUACAUGGAAUGGUGUGCUGGUCGAAAUAAUAUUUACCUAAACCUUUUCCUUAACGACCUCUCUCUCCACCUACACAGAAAAAUAUUCUUCAACAACGUAGAAGUGCUAAAGCAGAAUCAGGAUUACGAGUACCUACAAAGAAUCCUAACCCUGGGCAGAUACAACCUCUGCAUAAACCACUUAAACAUUUUAGCCUUGAGCAGAGAUGGGGACUCCUUCCUUACGAGGGGGAAAACCACCAAGGUGAAGGUCUUCCCCUCAUACAUUACGGAGCAAGGAAGGGGGAGGACCAAGUGGGGCGGUGUCCGCGGGGGGGAACCACAGGAAGAACACCAAGUAGGCGAACAAGCGGGACGUGAUGGGCAAGUGAAGCAGCCAAGUAACCAUGCCCAUGUAGACGCCCCGCCUCCGCAUGACCAUCCAGUAGCGACAAACGAGCUUGUCUCAACAGCAGCGCAAGAAAGUAACACAUUGAAGGAGAUGAAAAUGGCUUUCUCCUUCUCGACCCCAUUCGAAAAAUUAAAAAAUAAUCAAUACGAUCAUUUGAAGCACCUGUAUCACAUUAACACCAAAGUGAGUGAUAAAAAUGUGAAGGUCCUGUUGAAAUUUUUUCGAAUGCUAUAUCACCACAAUAGUAGUUCAUCCCAUGUGGAAAAUCUUCUAUGCAGAAAUAAUCUUUCUAAAAUCGUGUCUGAUCUGCGCAAGGCGUGGGGGAAAAACACACCCAUGGGACGUGGACAUAUGUGUAAAACUUACUAUGGAGAAGACUCCCCUCUUUGGAGACUCACCCGCUGGUGGACCUCCAACCAUGUGAUGAGUACACCCGACAAACAGGUACCCUUCCUUCAUAACCUAUUUGAGCAUAUCCAUGGGGAAACCCCCCGCAGGAGAGAGCUUCCAGUCCAGGAGAAGCCGCUCCUCUCAUGUAAAAAUGCCCAAUUGGAGCAGCAGACAGUAUUGUUACCAUAUGAAGAAAUUAAGGGGGCGAUGAAAAAGGACAACCACGAAGAUAACCCCUCUAACGUUUGUCACCUAUCUACUAACUCACCCCCAGCCGAGAAUCAUUCUCUCCCCUUCCAAGCAAAGGACGCCAUCUCACGAAUCGUAAACAACGUCUACUUCAACGCGCAGUACAAUAAAAAAUAUUUCCACAAGUCCCAAUUAAACUGUCUCGCCAAGUCUUUGCUUUAUAUAAGCCACUCAUUUGUGGAGUACGUUCAGAUGGGGGGUGACUUAUCCCGGGAGGAAGUCGACCCACGACGGAAAAAGAAUAAGCUCCUUAACCAAGUGGAAAAAACUUUUUAUGAAAUUUUCACCUACGUCAUGAAAAACAUGUACCUUAUAAAAUUAUCCAACUGGUUUCACAUCUUCGUUGCGAUACAGAAAUUUGGGGGAGCUCCGUGGGGAAGGGGAGAAGCAACAGGACCUACCUCUAAGACGGGGGAGCCAAGUGAAGAAGACACAUUGCCCCUUGACCGAAUGCAGAACCUCCUACAGAUUGUCCACACCGUCAGGGCGUACCGUUACCAGGAGGUGCGCGCCAUCGUGCAGGACCGAGACACUCGACGUGCCCUACAAAUUGACGAGUCCCCCAUUCGAGAUAAUGAACUCCCAGGAGGGGACACCACCAACUACGACACUCUGCACAAAAUCAUACUCAGCAAGUUUAGGAUACACGAUAAGGGAGUUAUCACCAAGGAUAAGGAGCCACCACUUGUUACCCAGGGGACUCAUAACGUGGUAAAGACCACCGAGACACCCUCCCCUUCUGCGGUCAAGUACACAUACGAAACGGACAGUACACUCCCCGCGAUAACUCUGCAGUGCGGUGCCAACUACCUCCUAACCAUGCUGUCCAACUACCUUGACGGCACACCAUUCCAGACGAAGCGCUUCCUCAUCAUCCUGUACCAUUUGAACAGGUCUAGGUUGAAAGGCGCGUCGGUCCAGGCCCACCUCGAGACCACGUUACAAAAAGACCAUGAGAGAUUUCGCAACAGGUACUUCUAUAUGCACACCGGGUGUGGGGGGAAUAAGCCGCUUCUAAACAAGUCACUAGUUGCGAAGGUGCGGGCUGCCUAUUUAACCCUCAAAGGGGGUCGCUCGCCCACUUCAAAACGUGUAGCUAGCUGUCCUGGUUCACCCGGUUGGCGUACCUUUCCCGUUCACCCCAACUCGGAUAACCACACGCACGAUGUCUACACCCAGAUGGAGAAGCUACUUAUAAGGAACAAACAUGACUUUACCCUAGACGACAUGAUUACCUUCAUCGCCACAUACAGCCUGAAUGGCCUCUACCACUCGACCGUAUACUUCUCCAUUUCCAAGUGGUUGCUCCAACACGACAUAGCAUCUCUCCCUGAUGAAAUGAAAAUAUUUUUAUUAAUCCUCUUCGGCCAGUGCACACAUGUGUACAAGCCACUCUACUUUCACCUACUUCAUCUCGUCUCCCAAAUUGAAGUGAUUAAGGAAGAGACUGCCCUCCCCCUUCUCUGCUCUCUCAUUCACAUGCUAAUCCAUUACGAUCGCCACACGAGAAAGGUAAAAUUAAAACACGUUCGUUAUGUUGAGAGAAAAUUUGGAAAAAUUCACUGGCCUUAUUUUUUCCCCAUCGAGUUGUUUCUUUGGCGCAGUGCACACGAGAUGGCCUCCAGGAGGAUCCGCACCUUAGAGAGGGACUCCAUCAGUGACAAGUGGAAGGGGAGAGAAGGAAACGGCACAAGAGCGAAUCGUACUUGUGAGAAAAUAAAUUCAACACAACUCAUUCUUAAUUUGGAAUUUGAUUUGUUGAAGCUUAAGAAUUAUUUGAAGGACAUUCUUCCACAAAUGGUUCUGCAGUUGGAAAAACGUUCAGUUGGGGGAGAGGAUCAUCUGGUAAACACGACCCAUGGGGUGAUGUCCCCUCCUCCCCCUGCAGACCUGUACCCCUUGAACGAAGAAGCCACUCGGCAGCAAGUGCUACAGAAUUGUAAAAAUUUCCUUUCAUACCAUUUCGUGAAGAAAAAUUUUUUGGUAAGCAGGAGGUCCCUGUACUAUGAAAUACUGGUGCAACUUUUUAAAAAAGUGGAACAGCAAUAA